AUGGAUGAAGAGUUGCACAAUUUCACAUCAAAUAAAUUAAACAGUAGGGAAGGAAGUAGACAGACACAUAGCGCGACGGCGGCGAUCGCGGCGCUGGCGACGGCGAUCCAGCUCAUCGCGCUGGCAGAGGCGCCAUUGCCCGGGGACGGCGGCUGGGCCGGCGCUGCAGACGGAUGUGUUGAGACAGGGAAGGACGGGGCGGCGGAAGGAACGGAAGACGGCGGAGCGGAAGGAGAGGCGACGGGCGAUACGGAGGGAUACUUGGCGGGCGGCGAGGAAGCCGGGGGGAGGAGCGGCGGCGAGGCGGAAGGCGGAAGGAACGGCGGCGGCAGAGAGGGAGACACGGCGAGGGGAGGCGAGGCUCCCGAUGCGGGAGGAAGGGACGGCGGCAGGACGAUAGGGGAGACGGGCAGGGGCGCGAAGGGAGCCGCUGCGGUCGGAGGCUUGACGGGGGCGGGGCCCGGGCCCUGGGCAGAGGAGGCGACGGCGAGCAGCGCCACCGCAAGAGCGAUCGCGGAGAGAAGAAGCGAGGCGUCGGCCAUGGUAAUGUCUUGAGAUGAAAGGGUUUGCGCUAGGUUUGGCACGAGAAUUAAUGAAGCAUCGAGAGAUAUUAAUACACAUCUCGUAAAGCGUUUAAUUUGAAACGCUAUUCCUAAAGAAGAGCCGCUUUUGGUGGUUAUCGACGAUAAUUAUCGUUGAAUUAAAUCACUAAAUGCCUUUUUAAUUGGCUCGGGAUAGAAAUUAGACGUGAAUGAGGAGAGUCGUACGGGACGAUGGGGAUUGGAUCGGACGAUCAGGUUUAAAGAGCGGCGGAGAACACGGAGAUCUAACGGCCAGGAAUGCAUGGAAAAAUGUGAACACUUCGAUACGUGUUGGUGGAAUUUCCAGCAUGAAAUCAAGAUAUUUAAUUAGUUAUUGAUUAAGCAGUGGCCUAAAAGUCUAAUUAUUUUACGGUUUUUCUUUUUAAAAAUUACAUAAAUUAUGAUAUAAUAUGUUCCAUUAAAUUGAACGUAAUUUAAAAGGCAUUAAGAAUUGUAAUUGAUUAUACUCUGACA